AUGUUGGAUGCUGCUUAUACUUUCGACGAAGUGCCACAACCCGACUGGCAUGCGACUAUCCAUACGAAUAGGGUGCAGGAUCGUACUCCUCGACAACCUCCCGCUGUCGCUCAAUCUCGGCAACGACCUGUUGUCAUAGCCCCAACUGCGCAUGUUGAAACAGCGGCGUUCCUGCGUAGCAUACGAGGCCGUUCCUCGGGGCCUGCUUACGAGGCCACAUUCCAUCCCGCACAGGAGCAGGGGAGGCCAUCCUCUCAAGACUCCGACAUUGACGAGAAUCGAAGAAGACCAGAAUAUGUCCAGCAAGUUCGGUUUCAAGGCACGGCGCUUGCCGAACUGACAUCGCUACCGAGACAUGCGAGGCCUGCCCGACCUGAUCCCAGGCGGCGCUGA